AUGACAACCGGCGCUCUCCCUCCCGAGCUCUUAAUUUUGAUAAUUGAACGAGUCGACUCGGAUGGAGACCUUCUUCGACUCGCCGGCGCCUCUCGCCAGCUUCACAGCAUUUCAAUUGAAGCCCUAUUUGCUCGUCACAAAGUUGUACCGCUCGACAAAGAUCUGCGACUGUCCUUCUCCACGCCAGAAGCCGCCAUUGCGGUCCUUUCAGCGCUAGCAACAUCCUUGGACGUGGUUGGUGCCUCCCUGGACAGCCUAUCAUACGACUGUGGCUGGGUGUUCGAGCCGAAGAGACUCCUGAAGGAGUUGCACCUCCUCACACGAUACGUGUCCAAACUUUCUUCGAUGAACCAAGUUACGUUGCGCUUAGCAGCACCGCUUGAGGGAUGGCCGUCCCAGUGGAAAGACAGAACAGUGGCGCUGUUAGAGGCCAUCUUGUCCAAGUCAUGUCGCAGGAUCCGCAUCGAUUCCAGCCAGAUGUCAUCUUUCCCUGAUCAAGACAUCCUUUCACCCUGGAUGACCGCAAUUGCAACGAAGCAAUCUGAAUGGACGAAGUGGUAUUUGCCCCCUACAGUACAGAGGGACAGCACAACAUCAGACCUCCAUACCUGCGCCGUCCUGACCUUCCCUCCUUUCCUCCGGCAGUUCUAUCUCGACACUCUCAAAUAUAACUCAGACAGCCUGACCGACCUCACGUUCAAGAACAUAUUCGGUGGCGGAACUGACUGGGAUACCCUCAUUUCGAACGUGUCUUUCCCCGCCUUGCAGCGUCUCUCCGUCAUCUACGCUGUCAUCUCUCGCGACGUUAUGGUCAAGUUCCUCAUCAAGCAUCCCACCAUUACCUCGUUCGAAUACCACCACAUCCGGUACCGAACAACCCCAAUGAAACCUGUCCGAAAUACGCUCUGCGAAAACUUGACCAAGCUGACGACGACCCCAGAGCACAUUCUCAAUUUCUUCCCGCCGCCGACAAAGCUGUACCAACUGGAGAACCUCACGAUCAAGGUCGAUCAACUCGCCCGCCCCCUUUUCCAGCCCCUUGAAGAUUCGUUCCGACGAUUAGCACCCUUCGGAGGAACCAUACAGCUCUCGCUCGAGAUCAGUCGCCCCGGAUUGGGUUUUGGGGUAUGGUUUGACACCAUCCCCCGCUUAGGUGCUUCGUUCGACCCUAGUGCCAGGCCCGAAACGCAGCUGCGGUGCGUGAAGAAGCUGGUGGUUGAUAAUGGCAACUGGGGUUUCGCGAAGAACUUCCUGAGAGGGCUCCCCGCUUGGCUUGGGCUGUUUCCCGAAUUAACGGAGGUGGUGCUGAUACAGAACGGUCUGCGGUACGUGUCAAGUGAGUUGGAUCCACUCGAGGAAGAGCUCCUGGUGAAGCUCGCGAGGGCGUGCCCCGGACUGAGGUCGAUCUCAGUGAAAGACACAAUUGAGUGGACGCAUAGCUUUCCUCGAUCCUCAUGA